CUUUUCUAUAUUUGUUUUUUCAAUCAUUUGAAUGGCACGUCGAGCUUGGACCGAGGCGGAGGAGAAGAAGUUGUUGGAUAAUCUUACAAGCCUUGUAGAUGCAGGGGUUUGGCAAGGUGAGCACGGAGGGAUGAUUCCCGCCUCCUUUGAAGUCUUGCAACAUCAGAUGACUGCUGCUUUCCCCCAUGGUAGUUUUACAAAAAAUAUUAUUGAGGGAAAGAUUAAAAAGUGGAGGGAGACUUAUUUCACCAUAGAAGACAUGAUGUUGACUCCUGGAUUUGGUUGGAAUCCAAAUGAAAAUAGAUUAGUUGUGGAUAAUGAAGAUUGGAAUGAAUUUGUCCGGGUGAAUCCACGAGCUAGACAGAUGAGGGGCAUGCAAUUUCCUCAUUUCAAUCGUUGGGCCCAUUGCUUUCGACGUCACUAGUUGGAGAAGUUAGAAGUUGAAGAUAGAUGUUGAAGAAUAAAUCGUAUUUCUGAUAAUAAUUGUUAGAAG